UAUUUUGUCGUUGCUUAUCCAUGGUGUAGAAAAACAAGGAUUUGGCUCAUGAUUUAAACCGUGUGAAAAAGAGACUGCUACAGGUUUCCAAGGAAAAAAGAAUACUUUUAGAUAAAUUAUUGUUACUACAGGAUUACGAGGAAGUAGACGACGACGAUGUAUCUCCUGACACUCCAACCCCUACCCCCAUAAAUGAUAAAAGAGAAUUAGAGGAUCGACCUACACCAAAACCAAAAAGAAUGAGAAGGGAUCCUGUCGAAUCAAAAUUAAGAAGGGUCCAACCAUUAGAAAAGGUCGAGAACGGUCAAUACAAACUACCUGCCAGAGUGGGCAUCAUCACCGUUCAUUCCUUGGGCACCAUCUUACCAAUACCCACAUAUCACAAUGAUCGGUAUAUUUGGCCACCUGGAUUUAUGAUCAGCAGAUCUUACCUUAGUAUGAUCAACCCUAACACAAAUACUACAUAUACAUGCUCCGUAGAGGAAAAUGGUGAACAAGGCCCUAGGUUCCGAGUGGUUGCUGAUGAUUGUCCCGACAGUCCAAUCAUUGCCAAUUCAGCAACUGGUGUUUGGACAGCAAUAGUAAAGAGCGCAAAUGAAAUUAGGAAUAGAGGCCAUUCAAACUCAGCUUCGGGGCCAGAUUAUUAUGGAUUUACUCAUGCGACAAUCGCUAAAAUGAUUCAGGACCUUCCUGGUGCUGAUCAAUGCGAAAAUUACGUCUGGCAGAAAUUCGAUGUGAUGCAUCAGCGUACAGCCGCAGGUGUAGCAGCAGCAGCACAAAAAAAGAUUUCAAAUUUGGAAAUCAUGGGCAGCGCAAACAAAAAACCAUCAAAGGCCGACAUCAAUGCUGCUCUCAACAACGGAUACACAGUUGCUUCUGCCUUAUAUAAACAGCAGGAUGACGUUUCUACUAAAUUUCAUAAGAAAAGCUCUCUACAUCAAAUAAUGAAUACACCUGAUGAAUUAAAAUCACAGCAUGCUUCUGACAUGUGGAACUCAAAUUAUAACUAUGUUUAAUCAUCCUAUUAUUCCACCUUUCUUUUUUGUCUGUAUAGAUUAAUUACUACUGCUAUCCGUCACUUCUACAUAUCCUAAAACUAUCCGUAUAUUAAUAAAAUCUGUAUUUAUGUUUUUCCCUACCUA